CACCUCAAACAAUCCCUCCCCCCUAAUUCAUCAAACCUCUACCGGAGCAAACCCGCCCGCUCCUCUCUUUCCUUUCCUUUCCCAAAAACCCCCAGAUCUAAAAAAAAAAAAAAGGCCCUCAAUUCAAACAAAAUUCAAAUCCAAACCCUAAAUUUACCCGAUUUGAAUCAAAAUUGAUCCGACUGUCGAAAUCCUCACAUAACAAUGGGGGAUUUCAAUCUAGCCCUUGUUAUCGUAGCAAUAGUCGUAUGUAUUCUCGUAUUUCUCUUCAACAUUUACCUUCUUAUCAAUUAUCAACAUCCAGAUGAUGCAAAUCAAGCUUAUUUCCCCAAAUUCGUCGUCGUUUUUGGGCUCUCAAUUGCUGCUAUUUCAAUUCUCAUGUUGCCGGCUGACGUGGCGAAUCGACAAGCUUGUAGACACGCGAUUUAUAAUGGCGCGUGUAAUCUCACGCUCCCUAUGAAGGAAUUAUGGCUUGCUAUAUACAUUGUUGAUGCUGUUCUUGUUUUCUUCAUCAUUCCUUUUGCUAUGUUCUACUAUGAAGGCGACCAGGAUAAGACAAUUGGCAAAAGGAUUAAAAGUGCAAUGUGUUGGGUGGUGACCACAGCAAUCGUGUGUGCUUUGUUGCUUGGAAUUUUAUAUGGCCUCGCUGGAAAGGCAGACUUCACUGUAAGACACCUGUCAUCAGCCACCACUUCCUUUCCAAAUUCAUUCAAUUUGAACAAUGGUCAACAAUGUAUUGGAAACGGUGCCCGACAGUGUUCAGCAUAUUCUGCUAAUGCUGCCUCUGAAACAACCUGGACCAUGCGUGCUACUUUUCCUGAAUAUGUUGUUGCUCUGGCUACAAUUGUUGGAUCUGUACUUUUCACGAUUUUUGGUGGUGUUGGCAUUGCCUGUCUCCCAUUGGGACUUAUAUUUUCGUUCAUCAGGCGUCCAAGGGCUGUUAUUACACGGUCACAAUAUAUCAAGGAAGCUACUGAGCUAGGUAAAAAAGCAAAAGAAUUGAAGAAAGCAGCUGAUGCACUUCAUCAAGAAGAAAGAAGCGGGAGUAAGGGAAGAAAAUGGCGGAAGAAUGUGAAGGCAGUCGAGAAGGAGGUGCUUCUUCUUGAAGAAGAUGUCAAGGCUCUAGAGGAGAUGUACCCUCAAGGUGAAAAGGCUGAGACUGCUUGGGCAAUGACGGUUCUAGGAUAUUUGGCAAAACUCAUCCUGGGCGUUUUAGGGCUGAUUGUGUCUGUAGCUUGGGUUGCCCAUAUCGUGAUAUAUCUUCUGAUUGAUCCUCCACUUUCUUCUUUCCUUAAUGAGGUUUUCAUCAAAUUAGACGAUAUUUGGGGUCUUUUGGGCACUGCUGCAUUUGCAUUUUUUUGCUUCUACCUUCUGCUUGCUGUGAUUGCCGGAGCAAUGAUGCUUGGCUUGAAAUUAGUUUUUGUUACGAUUCACCCAAUGAAGUGGGGAGCUACGCUCAUGAACUCCUUUCUUUUCAAUGUGGGCCUUAUUCUUCUUUGUUCUAUCAGUGUCAUUCAGUUCUGUGCCACAGCCUUUGCAUACUAUGCUCAAGCCACUGCAGCUCAAGAAAUUUUUGGUCACAAUCUACAAUCUCUUCGUGGAAUUAAGUAUCUAUACAAGUACAACGUGUUUCAAAUCGGAUUCAUAGUUUUAGCUGGGCUGACAUUUGUUUACUAUGCUGCCUUUGGGUGGAGAAGGAAAAAGCCUAGUGCGAGGUUCCAGCUCUCCAGUUAAAGGUUUUGAUGGAUAGCAGUGCGCGCAUCUGACUGAAUUUGGACUUACUCUGGUCUAUCACUAAUGUUGAGGCUUUGAACCUUGGUGCAUGUUGCCUAGUUUUGUUUAAUAUUAUUCUUGGAGGAGGCAACACCAUUAAAUUUGAUUUCUGCAGUGGAGGUAGGGUGUUGGUGACUCUGUACUGCUGCUGCCACUGUUCUUGCCGCUUUUACUUUAGUUUUUUGUUUUCACCUUCUGUAUGUAUCAUUUGUUUGGUAAUGUUAUCAUUUGUUGGGGCAUGUAGUCAUCUGAAUGUUGAGAUAUUGGUUUGAGAUUUGUCCUUGAUGUAUCAUAUGGUUAUUAUAUACAAAAAUCUUGGAUGCUUGUA